AUGUCUUCCGCCGUCACCGUAACCAAGACCAACAUUGGUGUAUAUACCAACCCCAAGCACGACCUCUGGAUUGCCGAGACCACCCCUAAAGUCGAGGACAUUCAAAGCGGCAAGGGUCUGAAGCCCGGCGAGGUGACCAUCGAAGUGCGCAGCACUGGUAUUUGCGGAUCCGACGUCCACUUCUGGCAUGCAGGAUGCAUCGGUCCCAUGAUCGUGACAGGCGACCAUGUCCUGGGCCACGAAUCGGCCGGUCAAAUCGUUGCGGUCGCCCCCGACGUGACCUCUCUCAAGCCAGGCGAUCGCGUCGCGAUCGAGCCCAACAUUAUCUGUAAUGCCUGCGAACCCUGCCUGACUGGCCGCUACAAUGGCUGCGAGAACGUCGACUUCCUAUCCACGCCGCCAGUGGACGGCCUGCUCCGUCGCUACGUCAACCACCCCGCCGUCUGGUGUCACAAGAUCGGCAACAUGAGCUUUGAGGACGGCGCGCUCCUGGAGCCGUUGAGUGUGACUCUGGCCGCCGUCGAGCGCAGCGGGCUGCGCCUCGGUGACCCUCUUCUGAUCACCGGUGCCGGUCCCAUCGGUCUGAUCAGUCUGCUCAGUGCGCGGGCGGCUGGUGCGUGUCCGAUCGUCAUCACUGAUAUCGACGAGGGCCGCCUGGCGUUCGCGAAGAAGAUUGCGCCCGAGGUGCGCACAUACAAGGUUCAGAUCGGCAUGUCGGCCGAGGAUACCGCCAACGAGAUCAUCAAUGCCUUGAACGAUGGUGCCGGCCACGGCCCUGGGGCGCUGCGCCCCAAGCUGGCCCUUGAAUGCACCGGCGUGGAGAGCAGUGUCAACUCUGCUAUCUGGAGUGUGAAGUUCGGCGGCAAAGUCUUCGUCAUCGGUGUUGGCAAGAACGAGAUGACCAUCCCAUUCAUGCGUCUAAGCACACAGGAGAUCGACUUGCAGUACCAGUACCGAUACUCCAACACCUGGCCCCGUGCGAUCCGGUUGGUGCAGAACGGUGUGAUUGAUCUCAACGCGCUGGUUACUCAUCGGUUCCCGCUGGAGGAUGCGGUCAAGGCAUUCGAGACUGCUGCCAAUCCUAAGACUGGUGCUAUCAAGGUGCAGAUUAUGAGCUCUGAGGAAGAUGUCAAGGCUGCUUCCGCUGGUCCCCUGAUCAUCUCUUAUCUUAUCGCAGAUCAGUGGAAGCUGACGCCACCGCGGGCUUCGACAUCAUCCCGAAACUCCCUUCUCUCCAACUCCAACUUUCAACCAUUAAUCACCACCAGUAUGAUUCCGACUCGAAGACUCGCCGCACAAGGCGGCUUCUUCAAGCGCAGUGCCGAGGAACUCGGCCGCCUCUCAAGAAUUGAGCACCGUAACCGACUGCAAAACCUUCGCCGACCGCGCCGUCGGCGGCUACAGCACAGCAAACCUCGACUUUGUCGCGGGAGAACCCGGCACCAACACCCCCCCCACGCGCGCUUCCACGGCAGCAUCUCCACCAAGCUCCCUGAAAACUGGCGCGUCGAGCGCACAGGCUACGCCGCCUUCCGCAACAAAGACCGCGGCCUAUGGCUUUUCGGCCGCCUAUACUGGGACGUGGAUCCGUACGCGUACCUCGCGCUGCGGAUCAAGUCCGACGGGCGCCGGUACUCCGUGAACAUCCAGACCGACUCGAUCAUCGAGACAGACAUCCACCAGCACCGGCUGUACACCCGCCACCACCGGGUGCAGGACAGCGAGCUCGCGGCGCGGGCGCGGGUGCCUGGCAACGAGACGGAGCAGGAGUUUUAUCCGGAGGGGAUUCCGCAGGCUCUGUCGGAUGUGCCGCCGUCGUCUACAAUUCUGUCAUCGAGCUCGAGUGCCACGACGUCGGGCGAGACGGGGGUGGGAGACGGUGCUUUUGCCACGUCGAUUAUUCGGCAGCGGGUGAAGAGUAUCGGGAUUGGGCUCACGGACCGCAUUGAGGGGCCGUUCGAUCUGCGGAUCCACAAGAUUUGGGCUACAAAUGGGAUUGGCGAACAGGAGUUUGAGGAGGAGCGGAGGAUUUGCGGAGCUGAUGCGUUGCCUCUUGACGAGGGCGUGCGGACGGGGUGGAUUGAGAGUAAGAAGGAUGCUUCUAAGGCUGAAGAAGGUCAGAAGAAUGAGGGCAAGGAGAAGGGCCUGAAGGGGCUUCGGUCUGAGUGGGAUUGA